AUGCCCUCCUUGGAGACUUUCGGAGUGUCGGUCCUGACGCGUCUGCCUCUCUCUUUGCUUGCAGAGCCGGCCUUCGGGGAGGUGAACCAGCUCGGCGGGGUCUUCGUCAACGGCCGCCCCUUGCCCAAUGCCAUCCGGCUCCGGAUUGUGGAACUAGCCCAGCUGGGCAUCCGGCCGUGCGACAUCAGCCGGCAACUGCGCGUCUCGCACGGCUGCGUCAGCAAGAUCUUGGCUCGCUACAACGAGACCGGCUCCAUCCUACCGGGCGCCAUCGGGGGCAGCAAGCCGCGGGUCACCACCCCGACGGUGGUGAAGCAUAUCCGGACCUACAAACAAAGGGACCCCGGCAUCUUUGCCUGGGAGAUCCGGGAUCGGUUGCUGGCCGACGGCGUGUGCGACAAGUACAACGUGCCCUCGGUGAGCUCCAUCAGCCGCAUCCUGCGCAACAAGAUCGGGAACCUCUCGCAGCAAAGUCACUACGAGUCCUACAAGCAGCACCAGGCAGCCCCGCAGCCCGCCCUGCCCUACAACCACAUCUAUUCCUACCCCAGCCCCAUCGCUGCAGCGGGGGCUAAGGUGCCCACCCCACCUGGCAUGCCCACCAUCCACGGCACGGUCCACAUGCCUCGGACUUGGCCCUCCUCCCACUCCGUCACCGACAUCCUGGGUAUCAGGUCCAUAACAGAUCAAGUGAGCGACAGCUCGCCCUACCACAGCCCCAAAGUGGAAGAGUGGAGCAGCCUGAGCAGAAGCGGCUUCGCGGCCACGGCCCAGCACGUCGCGGUGAACGGGCUCGACAAGGGCUCCCUGGAGCAAGAGGCCAAGUACAGCCAGACACCAAGUGGUCUUCCAACUGUCGGAAGCUUUGUCUCAGCACCAACGAUGGCACCAUAUCCUACACCAGCACAGGUGUCCCCUUAUAUGGCAUACAGUGCUGCGCCUUCCAGUUACGUGGCCAGUCACGGCUGGCAGCAUGCUGGAGGCACUCCGCUUUCACCCCACAACUGUGACAUCCCUGCAUCGCUGGCUUUCAAGGGCAUGCAGACAGCUAGAGAAGGUAGUCACUCCGUCGCAGCCUCUGCACUCUGA